AGAAAAGUUCUCUUUACUUUUGCUCACCGUUUUGUUGUGGGAGGACCGUCUUGAAGUUGCAACCUCCAGCUCAUUAGACCGUGUCUCGUCGUUCAGUGCAGUACAAUUUGCAAUUUGCUACCUGAUCGUAGAUAUAAAAGCUGACGAUACCAAUUGAAAAACAAGGCAGUUUCCAAGUUGCAUUCCAGCAGCAAACAUCAACACAAACUCUCGUUACCAAUCAUAUUUGUCAACGAUGGCGCUAAGAAUGAUGUUGCUUGGACUGAUGGCCGUUGCAGCCCUGUCCCAUGCGGAGCCACUGCCAAAAGCGGUUGCCGAUCCGCAGUACCAUCCUAGAUAUGAACACGAUUACCAACCUUAUCCAGGCUACCACAAGCCUUCGUAUAAACCAGACUACCCAGAGUCUUACCCGAAACCUGCUUACCCUCCCUAUUCUGCCUACAAGCCGAGUUAUGGCUCUUCGUACAAAAAGGAUAACUAUUACUGUGACCCCCGCACUCCUCCCCAGUGCGCCAAUUCUUCCUCCGUUUAUUGUCUGAGUGAUUACGAAUACCCCCUGGAAGAAAUUGAGUACGCUAUUGAGUACGACCCACUGAUUUUAAAGAAAUACGCUGAGGUCGCUAUCCAAUCAGCCGAUAAUUUGGUCGAUGGCGUCACCGCGUCGGACGAGAACAAGUUCGAUUAUUCCUCGUAUAACGGCCAACCUUACGAUCAGAGUAACUGGAUCGGUGGUGAAGGCUACAUCUGUCCUAGCGAUGUUCUUUAUGCCCGUCCUGUCCGGGCUGUGAACGUCGAAGGAGAAUGGCGUGUCAUUGUCCAGAAUGUUGCCUCCUACACUCAAACUCAGCGUGUUGAGACUUGCCUGGUCCCUGGCGCUUCCUGUCGCACGUUGGCACCGUGUUACCGCAGUUCCUGUGUCCAGAAAUAUGUCUACCAUCGUAUGCUCUCCUUUGACCCUUGCAAUAGCCAAAGAGGCCUCUUCAUUGACAUUUACAAAUUGCCAUCAGCUUGCUCGUGUCGUAUUCCUCCCAAGUCCCAUUAACUAAGUGGUUCAUCGACCUUGUAAUUCACCGAACUAUUAUCAUGCUCUGUCAAAGUUAUUAACGUAUGAAUCCAUUAAUUCUCUCUGAACUCAACUUGCCGAUGCGCAAUGCUAUCCCUUAAUCUCUUCUACCAGGUUUGGCAAUGUCAUUCGCUAAAUAAUUUAAAGCAAUAAACUAUAUUUUUGUCUCGUAA